GGCACAUGUGGGCUGAGUGGUUGAAUCCUCAGUGCUCUCCAGCGAGAUACAGUAGAUACUGCCAAGUGGUUAUGCUGCUGUUCUCCUCCUCUGCAAUUCGCGUAAAGUGAAAAAACCUCGGCCAGAGACUCUUUCCCGGCAAGCAAGAGGAAUUCAGGGAAGCAAGAUCAUUAAAGCUGUAACAGUCUGAUUACUGAUGAAGGUGCUAAGCAGUUGCAAUGCACCCAAAAGUUUAAAUGCAAAAGAGAUGGAGGCUUUAACUGCACAUUCAUCACAGGAAGAUCUCAAAAAACGUCACUUCUUCAUGACAUGUGAUAAUGAAGAGGAGCCAUGUCAGCUGAUGGAUCAUCACAGGAAAAGAAAGAAUGUGAUAUCUUUGCCAUUUAUGUUCAGACGAUGUACCCAUGAAUCAGAAAGUCAGGGGCAUCUAGAAUCUAUGUUGAAACCACCUUUGUUUGAUCUUCCUCUAUCACUUGUUUACGGUGCUGAAGAUACGCUGCCCAAAUCUAUACAGGAUAUCCUUACAAUACUCUUCCAAAAAGGACCAUUCACUGAAGGGAUAUUUCGAAAAGCUGCCAAUGAGAAGGCACGCAAGGAGCUGAGAGAGGAAUUAAACGCUGGAGACAACAUUGCCUUUGAAAAAAAGUCUGUUUAUCUGCUAGCUGUGGUUUUGAAGGAUUUCCUCCGAAGCAUUCCCCACAAAUUGUUGCUGACUGAGCUUUACGAUGAAUGGAUGACAGCAUUAGAAAAAAUAAAUCAUCAAGAGAAAACUGAAGCCAUGAAAGAGGUUGCAAGCAAAUUGCCACAACCGAAUCUUCAUUUGCUCAAACACUUGCUCUCUCUUCUUCACCACAUCAGCAAAAACUCCAAAGUCAACAAAAUGGAUUCCAGCAACCUCGCCAUCUGUUUUGGACCAACCAUGUUGAGUCCAAAUUGGGACGAAAGCCUGCCACUUGAAAUCCAGAAAGAACUAGCUGAUAAGGUGAAGGCACUAGUGGAAUUCCUCAUUAAUAAUUGUUCGGAUAUAUUUGGAGAAGAAAUUUGCUCACUGUUGUCUAGGAAUACUGAUAAUUCCCUGGAUAUGACAGAAAUGUUGUCGCCAAACCAGCAUCGUGAUUCUGCUUAUGACAGCACAGACCUUGAAGGGGAAUGCAGUCCCAGUGACCUUCAACCCAGGGGCUUAUCCCACACCAGCAGACCAAGUAGUACAGAAUUGUACCCUAAACAGCCUCGAAUCCAGAUCCUUUCUGCCUUAUCCUUGGCCCGUUUUAAAACCACAAUGAAGAAACUUGAGAGGAGGUCCUCAGAACCAGACUUGCAGUCUUCCAAGAAUGGCCGGAAAGGCUGUGUGAAACUUCCAAAACUUUCCAAAAGUGAGGAUAAUUUUAUUCUGCAGAAAGAAUUGGGACUGAAGGAUAGAGAGGUGAGAAUGGGAAUGCAGACAGUUGAAGAAUUUUAUCCUUCUGGUCGCUACAGGAACAAAAAGCCAUCAGAUCUCAGAAUCAAAGCCAACUUCCCCGCAGAAUUAUCAAGUGAUUCCUUACUCAGCACAUCUUCUUCCAGUUCACUAGACAGUGCUUCCUCUAUCUCGGACUCUUCUGUAUUUACUAGUUCACCACUCUCGUCCCCUGCCAUCUUCACGAACAAUCUCUUAACGCGGCCACAGUCCUUCUCUUCCAAAAUUUCACAUGGAAGUGACAGAGCUGUCUCAGAGCUCAAGAAGCACUCCAUGUCGUUUUCGGUGGCAACCCGCAAGAAGCUGCUGGCCAAAAUGGAAAGUCAAGGCAGGGGUGGCUUUCAAAAAGGCAGUUUCAAAAAGAGCUCCAGAAAAGAAAGACCACUUUCCUGUCAAAUUCUUCAAGCAACUCAGGAGACUGUUCCCAGUCCAGAACCCUCAGGCUGUCCACUGAGAUCCCGUUUUAUGUCAGCAGUUGAAGUGUUUCGACUUGUAGAUCAAAAUAAACCUAGAAGGCCUCCUUCCUAUGAAGAGGCAACCAAACACUCUUCUGCUGUUAGAUUUCCAUCACACAACAAUUUAAGAGCUCAUCCUCUGAGGCCCACCAAGGUUCCUCAAGAUCCUGCAUCUCAAUGUCCGAGGCUCAAGAAAGAGAUCACAAACAAAGCAAAUGAGAACCUUUUUAAUGACAGAUCCUCUUUGAUCAAUGACUCCCAGGACAAAACACCAGUUGUGGAUUUUGUUAUUGGAAUACAUUCACGGGCAAAUUUGCCUUUGACCCCUCAAGUGUACCGUCUCAGGACCAUGUCUGGGUCAUAUCAAAAGAACAAGCAAGAAUAUGUGACGCUACAGAACAAUCAGAUAACUUUUGAGCACUUAAAACGCGCAAAAGAAUCCUAUGUUUAAACUUAAUUUUCUCAUUUCAGUACAAAUGUAUAUAUUCUAUACCAGGCAUGGAAGCAAGACUUUUGCCAAACAUUCUUGUCUAAGCAGAUAAAAAUCCUAUUUUCCAUAAAAUUGUAUUUUGUCUAGUAUCCGGUGUAAUGUGUUUUGCUCUUCGGCCCAUUUUGUACAAAAUAAUUAUGUCCUAAUCUGGGCUUGACUAUUCCCUUGAAAGUUAAAAAGCAUAUUUCAAAACCCAUACAAUAGGUCCAGCAGUUUUAUCCACUUUGUUCUUAUAGCAAACCCCCGCAUUAGUGGUUUCUUCUUUUUCUGAAAGUAGUCUAGACAAGGAUCAGAACAGAAACAGAGAAGCAGAAGAUAAGGGGAAAUGCUUUAGAGAUCUUGAGCCAAUUUCUAUCAUAUGACCGAGCAAACGUGUUCUUUGCAACAGACUUGGCUUUGCUGCUUUGUCUGGUUUUGGAUUUCUCAAGUGAUACAGUUUCUUCCACCACCACUUCCUAUUUGGAAAGGAUUUCCAACUGAACUAAACCUCAGUGUUAUGAAAUGAUUCUUGCAGUAGAAACAGCGAGACUUUCUGUUUUAUGAUACUAUCCCUAAAAGUUCUGGUAAUGUAAGUUUCCUUCUGGAACAUAUCACAUUCGGACCAGGGUGAGCAUGAGAGAAAUAGUCUGAAUGUAUAAGAAAGCCUUUCUAAAUUAUUUUAGCCUUCCCCAACUUCAUGCACUUUGGAUUGUGUUGAAAUGGCAAAUCUCAGAUGUGUAGUUUAGGACUUCAGAAAGAUGCCAUUGUAACUCAUCUGGAAAAUGCUAAAUUGAAGAAUAUUCAUGCAGAUCAACAUUGUGUAGCUUGACGUUUUCCCAUAAUUCCAGGAGCUGAACAUAACAUAUGUUUAUUAUGAUU